AUGGCUGAAGCUCUGGAUGAAAUUUCAGAUGAGGUGCUGCAGAGCGAAGAUCUAGAUCAGGCUGAGGAAGCUUCUGGCUGGGACGCUCUGCCGGCUUUGAUAAGGCGCCAGCUUUCUGCGAACGGUCAGCAAAUUUCGGAUGCUCUGCUGUGGAACAUGUUUCUGUCCGAGGAUGAGAUAGGAGAUUUCAUGGAGUCUGCAGGUUUCGUGGCAGGAUCUGUGGAGUGGUAUCGCUACAGCGGAGUGCUGGUUGAACUGUGGAAAGGUGCUGAACUUAAAGCUGCUCUGGCGUCCAGGAACAAAUCGGUUUUGCUGGGGGCUCACCAUGCAGUCUCCUCUGGAAUGCAAGUGCAAGUGCCUGCGGCGGUGCAAAUGACACGUGAGUCUUUAAUAUCUUCUGCGGCAGUCAAGAGGCAACUACAUUGGCCUUGUCGGCUGGCCAAGAAACGAGCGCUGGCCAGGAACGAGGGCGGACGAGCACAGGCUGAGGCCGAAGAGCUUCAGAGAUGGAGGCGCAAGCUGGCAGAAGUGUUGAAGCAAGGGAAAUUUCCAAUUUGCUCGCAAGCUUCGAGUGAGCUUGUUGAUUUCGGUCUGGAUGCGCUCGACCUGAGGUUGCAGGAGAGAGGGGCGUCCAAAGAAAAUCGUGAGCUCCUACAAAGCUCCUGGGCCAUGCCGUCAGAGUGGGCUGCGUGGAGAAGAGGUGAGCUCGUUUCCUCGCCUCCUCAGGAGGCCAAUCUUCCGAGGCCAGUGUCGGGGCCGUCUGAGCCCAACUUUGCUUUUUAUGUGACCGUGUUGGGCAAGCGAAGGCUCAGGAGGCUGCACCGUAAGGCGGGUUGCGGGACGCAGCCGGCGAAGGUGCAGUGUGUAGAGUAUUACGAGUCGUUGAAAGAUGUGCAGUUCGACUCGGAGUGUCGUCACUGUUUCCCAUCGGAGAAGGAGCCUCCCGAAGAGGAGGCGUCUUCGAUGUCGUCGAGCACGGACUCGAGCUCGAGCGAGUCUUCUAGUUGA